GGAGCGGGCAGCUCACUUAUCGCGGUGUUUCCUCCCUCUUCGCUCCCGGGGGAGCUCUCGCGAGAGGAGCAAGGGGAAGAUGGCCGUGCCUUGUUUUUCGGUGUGAGGCAGUGGAGGUGGCGGCUGUGGCGGCGGGACUGGGAUUCUAGUGUCGUGGGCAUCUGAGCUCUAGCUCCCCCCAGCGAGCGCGCGUCCCUUCGGGCCUAGGCGAGAGCCAGCUCUUCUUCCUCCGGGAGAUGCGUUUGUCCCGGGCUCGGAGGUGCUCUGGGAGUUCAUGCUGCGCUGGAGGCUCCUGGCCACCGCUCUAAUCGCCUUGUGCCGCCGCAGCGCCAGCUCCGUCGCCGGUGGUGAGCCUCCCGGAUCCCCCCCCGCCCCUGGCGGCGGCGAUGACCGGGGAGAAGAUCCGCUCACUGCGGAGGGACCACAAGCCCAGCAAAGAAGAGGGGGAUCUGCUGGAGCCCGGGGAUGAGGAAGCGGCGGCUGCCCUCGGCGGCACCUUUACCGGAGGCAGAAUUGGCACAGGCAGCAGCGGCAAGGGCGGCAAAGCCUGUCAUAAGCUCUUCAGUAACCAUCACCACCGGCUGCAGCUGAAGGCAGCUCCGGCCUCCUCCAAUCCCCCCGGCGCCCCGGCCCUGCCGCUGCACAAUUCCUCUGUGACUACCAUCUCCCAGUCCCCGGCCCUUCUAGCCGGCACCAACCCCGUUGCUGUCGUCGCAGAUGGAGGCAGUUGCCCCGCACACUACCCGGUGCACGAGUGCGUCUUCAAGGGGGAUGUGAGGAGACUGUCCUCUCUCAUCCGCACGCACAAUAUCGGGCAGAAAGAUAAUCACGGUGAGGAUAAUUAUUCAUAUUUCAUUUCUCAGCUAGGUGAUUUUUAUCUAGAACUUCACUGGGAUUUUCAAAGCUGGGUGCCUUUACUUUCCCGAAUUCUGCCUUCUGAUGCAUGUAAAAUAUACAAACAAGGUAUCAAUAUCAGGCUUGACACAACUCUCAUAGACUUUACUGACAUGAAGUGCCAACGAGGGGAUUUAAGCUUCAUUUUCAAUGGGGAUGCGGCGCCCUCUGAAUCUUUUGUAGUAUUAGACAAUGAACAAAAAGUUUAUCAGCGAAUACACCAUGAGGAAAGAGUAGGAAACUUUUUGGCAGACUUUUAUCUGGUGAAUGGACUUGUUUUAGAAUCAAGGAAAAGAAGAGAACAUCUCAGUGAAGAAGAUAUUCUUCGAAAUAAAGCCAUCAUGGAGAGUUUGAGUAAAGGUGGAAACAUAAUGGAACAGAAUUUUGAGGUGAAUCAAAUAUUAUUGAAUGUUUUAGAAGUAAUAGCUCCCUUCAAGCACUUUAACAAGCUUAGAGAAUUUGUUCAGAUGAAGCUUCCUCCAGGAUUUCCUGUAAAAUUAGAUAUACCUGUGUUUCCCACGAUCACAGCCACUGUGACUUUUCAGGAGUUUCGCUAUGAUGAGUUUGAUGGCUCCAUCUUUACUAUACCUGAUGACUAUAAGGAAGACCCAAGCCGUUUUCCUGAUCUUUAACUGACAUGGAAAAUGAUACCAUCUAACCAAGAAAGGAGAAUGCAGAGACCCCAGAAGUGAAUCCAAAUAGAAGGGACAAAUGCUUUCAGCGAAGAAAAGGGAAUUACACAUUGAAUCGACACAUCAGUAAUAUGAUAUAAUGAAAUGGGCCUCUAAUAAGAAUUUCAGCAAGUUUCCUGAUGUGCCAUUUUAAGUCUUUUAGAAAAUAUACAUAUUAUAA